AUGCAGUAUUACCGGCAGGAAGGAGCAAAAUCGACCUUCCGAUCUGUUCGUGAAGUCGUGAGAUAUAUCAUGUACGAAGAAGAACCAGCCAAGAAGAAAGGAAAAGAACAGAAACAAGGCGAAGAUGGGUCUGAGAUUAAUCAUUAUAAUGGUAGCAGAGUUAGGAAGUCUCAUCCAACCAAUAUGGAAAUUGGCUGCCCCAGUCCCCUGAUGAAUUGUGAUGAUUUCACCAUUGAUGAUGUUGAUAUAAUCGCUGAUGAUGAACGCCUUUGUUUUCAUCACAAUGCUCCUGAUCAAGAGUUGCGGGCCAAUGCACACUUCACAACUUAUGAUGAUCCAAUGGUUGCGGAUGGUCAAAUCUCUGAUCUUGGUGAUGACCUGUGUACGAUCAUCGGGGAUCUAAAUUCUGAUUGGGUGGAUGAGAAUCUAAUGCUGCCCUCAUGCGAAAAAAGGUGUUGGCUGUCUCCAACAAAACAAGACAAGAUGUAA